AUGUCUGAGGCUGUCCACACACCUUUGGUCCCUGUUCAACGUACACCUUACAAUGGUCAAAAUAUCAUCCGAGAUCCUAUUUCGGUUGUUGAUGAAGAAGCUUUCAAUAUCAUGAAGGACGAGAAGAAGCGUCAACGUAGAGGCCUCGAGCUUAUUGCUUCUGAAAACUUUACCACUAAGGCCGUUAUGGAUGCUUUAGGAUCCUCUAUGUGUAAUAAGUAUUCCGAAGGAUAUCCUGGGGCUAGAUAUUAUGGUGGUAAUGAAUACAUCGAUAAGAUGGAAAUUCUUUGCCAAAAGAGAGCUCUUGAGGUUUUCGGACUCGACUCGGAGAAAUGGGGUGUCAAUGUCCAAUCUCUCUCUGGAACCCCAGCUAACUUUGCCGUUUACACGGCUGUAGUUGAACCCCAUGGUCGCAUCAUGGGUCUCGAUCUGCCAGAUGGUGGUCAUUUAUCUCAUGGAUUCUUCACUCCUGCUCGUAAGGUGUCAGCUUCAUCUAUUUUCUUCGAGUCUAUGCCAUACAAAGUCAACCCAACCACUGGAUUGAUCGACUACGAUAAAAUUGAAGAAAAUGCUAUGUUGUUCCGUCCCAAGAUUCUUGUUGCUGGUGUUUCCUGUUAUGCUCGUCACUUGGACUAUGCUCGCUUCCGUAAAAUCGCUAACAAAUGCGGAGCUUUCUUAAUGGCUGAUAUGGCUCAUAUUUCUGGACUUGUUGCCGCCGGAUUGAUCCCAUCACCUUUCGAGUAUGCUGAUAUCGUAACUACAACUACCCACAAAUCCCUACGUGGACCAAGAGGAGCUCUCAUUUUCUACAGAAAAGGCGUCCGCUCAACCAAUGCUAAGGGAGACAAGAUCAUGUACGAUUUUGCUGAUAAGAUCAACACUGCCGUCUUCCCAGGUCUUCAAGGUGGACCACAUAAUCAUACAAUCACCGGAAUUGCCGUUGCUUUGAAGCAAUGUCUCACUACCGACUUCGUUGAAUACGGUAAACAAGUGAUUAAAAACGCUGACGCUCUUGCCAAGAAGCUCGCUUCUUUAGGAUAUACUUUAGCCACAGGAGGAACAGAAAACCAUUUGUUGCUCGUGGAUCUGAGACCAAAAGGAUUAGAAGGAGCUAAGGCUGAGCAUGUCUUGGAUUUGGCUCACAUAGCUUGUAACAAGAAUACUUGCCCAGGAGAUGUUUCAGCUUUGAGACCAGGAGGUGUUCGCUUGGGAUCACCUGCUCUUACUUCCAGAGGAUUCAAGGAAACUGACUUCGAAGCUGUUGCUGUGUUCAUUGAUGAAGCCCUGAACAUUGCUCUCAAAUACAACGCUCAAGCCGGUAAAACAAUCAAAGAUUUCAAGGCUUUCACUGAGACGAACGAAGAUUUCAAGAAAGAGAUUGGUGCUUUAGCUGAGAAAGUCGAGACUUUCGCCAGCAAGUUCGAGAUCCCAGGAAAUGAAGAAAUCUAA